UCAAGAGAGACGGCCUUGGAGGACAGCAGAGGCUAGGGGAGAAGCGUGCCGCAGGACAGGCGGGAGACGCAACCCCGAGGCGCAGAGCCCUGGGACCCGAUGCGACCCUUGCUGCGCAGAGCGCGGGUGAUGUGAGCAGAGCCCAGGAAUGCCUUAUGUGGAUCGGCAGAACCGAAUCUGUGGGUUUCUGGAUAUUGAAGACAAUGAGAACAGUGGCAAAUUCCUCCGGAGAUACUUUAUCCUGGAUACCCAGGCCAACUGCCUCCUCUGGUACAUGGACAAUCCCCAGAACCUGGCAGUUGGGGCAGGAGCUGUGGGAUCUUUGCAGCUGACUUACAUCUCGAAGGUGAGCAUAGCUACCCCAAAGCAGAAACCAAAAACUCCAUUCUGCUUCGUCAUCAACGCACUGUCUCAGAGAUAUUUUCUUCAAGCCAAUGAUCAGAAAGAUCUGAAGGACUGGGUAGAAGCCCUGAACCAAGCCAGCAAGAUCACUGUACCCAAGGCUGGGACAGUACCCUUGGCCACAGAAGUUCUCAAAAGCCUAACAGCUCCUCCCACCCUAGAAAAGAAGCCGCAGGUGGCCUACAAGACUGAGAUCAUCGGGGGAGUGGUGGUACAAACACCCAUCAGCCAGAAUGGUGGGGAUGGGCAGGAAGGGAGUGAGCCAGGGACUCACGCCUUUCUGCGAAGGUCUCAGAGCUACAUCCCCACAUCAGGCUGCCGUCCUACCACUGGGCCUCCCCUCAUUAAGAGUGGCUACUGUGUGAAGCAAGGGAACGUGAGGAAGAGUUGGAAACGGCGCUUCUUUGCCCUGGAUGACUUUACCAUCUGCUACUUCAAGUGUGAGCAGGACAGAGAGCCUCUGCGCACCAUACCACUCAAGGAUGUUCUCAAGACUCACGAGUGUCUGGUCAAGUCUGGUGAUCUCUUAAUGAGGGACAACCUGUUUGAAAUCAUCACCACCUCCAGGACAUUCUACGUACAGGCGGAUAGCCCUGAAGACAUGCACAGCUGGAUUGAGGGGAUUGGAGCAGCUGUCCAGGCCCUGAAGUGCCACCCUAGGGAACCAUCUUUUUCAAGAUCCAUUUCUUUGACUCGACCUGGAAGUUCCAGCCUUACAAGCGGGCCUAACUCCAUCUUGUCAAGGAGACGACCACCAGCGGAAGAAAAGCGAGCUCUCUGUAAGGCCCCCUCCAUGGCCUCCUCCUGGCAACCCUGGACACCUGUCCCCCAGGCUGAGGAAAAGCUGUUGUCGGCCGAGAAUGCUUCACAGGACUCUUUAUUCAUGCCUAACCCUGGGGAGAGUACAACCACAGGGCUGCUGGCAAGUUCUCGAGUCAGGCACAGGUCGGAGCCCCAGCACCCCAAGGAGAAGCCAUUUGUAUUCAACCUUGAUGACGAAAACAUACGAACCUCUGAUGUGUGAUAUACAGUGCCAGUUGUGUGCAGGAGAGACGGGGGCUGGGACUCGUUUUCUCUGCCAUGGUAGAGGACAGAAGCUAAUGGCACUCACAGUGGAGGGGCUUAUCUAGCUGGCUUUGGUUUUGCUAUUAUUGACACAGUUUAUUUAAUUGGGGGAAAGUCAUUAGGUUAGACCCAUGGGCAUAUUCCAUUGCCUCUUGAAUGCCCCCUUCCCCAGGUUUCCUAGUGAGGGGUUUGUUUUCAUAUUUUCUGUCUAGAGGAGGCUAGAGUCCAGUUUCACCCAUAAGCUUUUCCCUCUUGUAUUUCUUUCAUAUUCUUGGUUUUGCUUCCAGUCUGUGUACAGGAUCUCAGGCUAAGAACGGCUUUCAUCUACCCCUGUUUAUUGGCUGAAGUCUGGGGAUCAGGCAGACAGUUAGCAUCCAGACUGAAAGGCAUCGGGUGAGACUCAGGUUGCACAGUUCAGCUGGGAUCCAUCUGAGGGCUGUCUUUAGAAUCUGGGGAGUGAAAGGUGAAUUCUGGGAUAUCUACCCUGGGCAGUUCUUUCAGGACACCUCCCAGGGGAGCAGACAGGACCUCUUGUGAGUCAUGAGGGCUAAUUAAACUGCUAUAGCCACUUGUGGGAAUCAUGCUGUCCUCUUGAUGCUUCAUGACCCCAAAUGCCAUAGACCCGAGUGACAGAGCCACCAGUCUAUUUUUUGUGUCAGGCCCCUAGGAUGGGGUUUUCAGUGUUAAAUGUUAUGAUUGCAGAGAUUUUCAGUGUUUUAUGAUUGCAGAGAACAGAACAGAUGCUUCCCUUGAAACUGAGGUGUGUGUGUGUGUGUGUGUGUGUGUGUGUGUGAGAGAGAGAGAGAGAGAGAGAGAGAGAGAGAGAGAGAGAGCGCACACUCAUGUUAGGACCAUCUCUAUCUCAGAGGCUUAGAUUAAUAUAAAGCAGCAACUGAGAAGUGAUGGAUAGUGGUUUAUUGCAGUAAGCAUCUUUGAUCCAUGUUUUCCAGACAGGAGAAUGGUUCUUCUUUGACACAGUGAAUCUGGAAUGCCUGUCUUACAGCUCUUUUAGACUUUUGUCUAACGCUAAGUGCUUGUAUAUUGUGCAGCUCGCUGACCCACUUGCUCUGUUUUACUGUGUUGCCUCUUAAGUGGAGCCAUGCACACACUGAGUGGAACCCCAGCAUCUGAUAAGAGCCUAUGCACUCCCUGGUGAAGAGACUCGAACAGGAUUUUUUUCCCCAAUACUUACAUUUUCAUGGAACAGAAACUGGGAAUAAAGAAAUUGAAUCAGAGGAUGAAUUGUUGGCUAGGAGUUUCCUAGGUUCUAGAAGAGUUUAGAAAAUUAGAUUUCCACUCAGAAUUUAGGGUGUGGGUUUUUUCCCACUGGGCAAGAUACUAUUUCCAGUGCCUUUGGGGGCAUUUCUAUCAGCCUUCAAUGAACCGUGCUACCAGAAAAUUAUGGCCAUUUCCUACAGGGAGAGAGGACAUGGCUCACUCCUAUCUGUGUAACUUUUAUCUGCUAGGUAAAUUAAUCCUAUUUUUAAUUAGAAAUGUGUAGUUCUAAGAAGAGACUAGGAGGCAUUUUUAUUUAAGCUAGUUAGCACUCUGUGUCCACAGUUAAUGCAAAAGCAAAAACAGGCAUAAAGCUCAGAAGCGUGUUCUAGUGUGACUGUGACCCUGAAUCUGGUGCCACACUGAAGACUCCUGGACUGUGUGUGGGAGUUGUCUCCCACUUGAAGUCUGGCCUUGUGAUCCUGAUAUAUAUAAACAAAACCACUGGGCUUCUCUUUUCUGUUCAUGAUCUUUUGUGUCUUCCACCCCUAAAAAAACCACUUUUGCAUGUUUUGAUUUUCAGGGUUCGGGAUUAUUUAUUUAUGAGUGGGUAAGGUUACAACCUACUUCAAAAGUCAGUGCCCUUUGUCUCUGGUUUCAGCUUAAAAUCUUCCCUUAGAAAAUUCUUUGGCUGCUCAACAGAAUUGCUCAAUGUGAGAUGAGGAACUAAGGAAAUAAAUCAGGAACUCCUGAAGGGCCUUGAACAUGCCCUGGCUCACGGAAAUGAUGUCAUCUUUUGGCGUUUAGAUUGCAAAAUCUGUCCGUCCCUCUUCUAGAAACUGUUUGCUUGGUUAUUACUGCUGCAUCAACAGGUUGUUACAGAAAGUUGAUAGGUUUCAGUACAUAUUUUGAGAUGGAUUUCAGUACAUAUUUUGAGAUCAUGUUAGAUUAAACACAAUGUAGUUUAUAUAAUGUCAACAAAGGGAAAGUGACCCUAGCCAGCCAACACAUGAGACUUCCAAGUUAGAACAUUGUUAAUUUAAUAUUGGUGCCCAGAAAAUAUAAUUAUCUUUGUGAAGCCUCAAAACAUUUAAAUUCUCAAUCUUAUUUCAGGAUUCCCCUUCUGUCUGUAUUUCUGGCCAGUUAUACAAAUCCCCCUCCCUCACACACCUUUUAAAUUUGUUUUUGAUAGUCUUGCUAUGUAGUCCAGGAUGGCUUUGAACUGGUAAUCCUCCUGCCUCAGCCUCCCGAGUGCUUGGAUUAUAAGCAUAUGCCACCAUAUCCAGCCCGUGACAGUAUUUUAAUGUGAGCCAAAGAUGGUGCAUAAACCUUUAGUUUUCAAUGUAUCCCAUAGACCUCUGUCAGAGGAUAAGGCGUGAUGCUGUGUGAGUCUGUGGUUAAGCAUAGAAUGUGGAUACAUCCGAAGGGAUUUCUGGGUUAUAAAAGGUACUGCCUUUUCUUUGUGGAAUAAAAACAAGUCUCUGAAGUUGGAUCCUUCUAUAAGGUUUUGUAGGCACUGCUCUCUGUAGCCGAAGUUCGCCCUAUCCAUUACUCUUAAAAGGUUUGAUGGACUUGCUUACCCAGGGUCAGGCGAUAAUCAACAAAGAUAGCAUGUGUUUUUCAUUCUGUAAACCAUUCUCAGGAUAUGGGAGGCCACAGACUGGAGAGGAACCUCUGGUCAAAACGGCAGGGUGACAGUUCUACUUCCAAGUAGAGUGCUAGUCUUCCAUGGAAGAUUUAAGGUUCAUCGUCCUACUUUACUGGAAGCAAACUGGUUUGGUUUGGUUUCUCCUUUUCUACCCAAUGCUCUCCUCAGGACUCAAACGACCGUCUGUGUAAGCAGCUGACCAGUAAUUGAACGGUGGCCUUGAUGCUUGUUUUCGGUGUCAACCAAAUAGCCAUCUGGUAGCAAGCGGCAGCAUUUUUUGAAAUUAGGCUUUCCCAUGUCGCCUGUUUUAACUUUUUUUUUUCUCCCUCUAAAAUCUGUUUUCCGAAGUCCCCCGUGUUCUCUCUGUGUGUUAUUGCCUGCCAGAGUCAAUUAUAGUUACUUAUACCAGGUAGGUAGGUGUUGAAUCAAGUGAAUAUUUGGCAAAAACACACAGUGUGACCGCUGGGCCCUCUGUUUAUGAAGGUGUGGCAUGCCCCAUUUGAGCCGGUGUUUGAGCUAUGAAACACCUCCUGCAAGCACUGAGCUCAGUGCAUGGAAACUCCAGCUUCUUAGGUUGUAUGAGCUCCUAAUUGGUAUGUAGCAAAACGUCAUUUUCUAAAACUGUUUGGUUGCUUGUUUUGUAAUAAAAACAUGUGAAAUAGGA